AUGGCCGCAACAGCGACAAACGGCAUUUUGCUCUACCCGUCGUCGUUGUACCCGUUCCCCACGACGUCCUCCUCAAACUCUGUGGCGUCCUCCUCGUCCUCCGGCGCGUCGUCGUCGUCGAGGCAUCCAAACAACAACGCCAACGCCAACGCCAGUACCCCUCCAACUCCACAGCGAAAGAUUCGCUUUGCUCCUCUCCCUGACCCUCGCAGGAGCUUCGUCGACGAUGGCGACGAGUUCCCCAUGUCAGACGGGGUGACCAUAUCCUGCCCCCCCAUGCUCGCCGAGCGCGACGCUAUCCCCAGCAUAUCCUCUCUCGCCAUCGACUCCCUUUCCAGCGAAAUUGACACCGAGUCGGAUUCUACUUCCAGGUCAUCUUCGAGGGCGUCCAAGGGCGCUGAUUCGUCUGCAACAACACCGACAGCAUCGGCGUCAGAUUCGGUAUCGUCUUUCACACAAGAUUCACCAUCAUACCAGACCAAGAUAGCUCUCCCACCCAUACCAAACCCUCUCCUUGCAGCAAAACUCAAGCAGUUUGAGGAUAACUCCUCUUCCCACACUUCAUGGGCCAAACCGAAAUCAUUAUUCCGCCCCUUCCUGCGCCGCCCACAUUCAUCAUCAGGCGCGACACCCACACUGUCCUCCUCGUCCCACUCGGCAAACUUGCCAUCUGCUUCCUCGUCAACUUCGACGCUUCAUCCUCAUCCCAAGCACGCACCAUUCCCUCGGAUCAACCUUUCUUCACCUUCGCUAGGACUUUUUCGCGUCAGUUCCAGACAUCGCCAUGAUGACGAUGAUUACAGCGAUGACGGCAAAAGUAAAGGUUUCAUGAAACUCGCUAAAUGGACAAGCUCUUCAUCUUCCGUCAACAAGCAGCACAGUCACAACCAUUUCCAUAACACGGGGUCCCCUCUAAGCCCUCUCACACGUACCCAAAGCAGGGGAAGUGUGCAGUCCGUCCAGACUAAUAGUAACCAGACACCUUUUGGUUCCACUGCUUCCCUUCCCCUCACUCGCGUAGACUCUAGUCGAAUAAAUAACUAUGUUCGACCAGCUAGCUCACUGCCAGGACGUCGCCCAUCUACAGCGUCAGGUGCCAUCUCCGCCCCGACAUCGCCGGCACGGAAGGGCAAGGGCACUCGUAUGCUGAAUGGUCGCGUCUACGGACAUCGCCGCAACUCAUCUAACCCCAAUGGCAAUCCAUUCGCUAACGCGAGAGAUGAAGCUGACCCUGAAUUUGUUGAAUGGGGUUAUGGUGGAAUGGGGAGUGUACGCAAUGGUUCGGGAGUCGGACAUGGUGUUUGGGGACGGUUGCAGAGUGAGGGUACUGCUUUGGGAGGCGGUGGUAAAACUGAUGACGAGGAGCUGGAUGACGGAAGUGGGAUGGGAUGGGUUAGGAAACGAAGAGAACAGAAGGAGAAGAAGGAACGCGAAGAGAAAGAACGCCUAGCUAAGGAAGCGCAGGCAAAGUUGGAGGCAAUCACCGAGGCUGGUGAUGCAAAGGCGGAGGAGGCGGAGGCGGAGGUAGACGAGAAGGAGAAGGAGUUUGUACGAUCGGACGAAAUUGAACAAGUCAAGGAUAGGCCAGACACGGCUGCCACCAUCACCCUCUCCUCUGUAGCAUCGCCCACCCUCUCCAGUGCCUUAUCUACACCUACAAUCCGCAACGAUGUCGAUACGCCCAAGCCAUCUGACGACCAAGAUGAGCACGACACACGUGUCGUCAAUGUGUCCGCACACUCUCCAUCGCUUGCUCGCCGUCAUAGCCAUGGACGCAGUCGUAGUAGGGACAGCAUCCCCCUCCUCGAGAAAGCCCAGGCUGAGGACACAACACAAACUGUAAUCAGCGUCGAUGUGAAGGAGGAUGAGACGGACGAAAGCGAAGAAGAGGAAGACGAGGGUACCCGUCCGAAUGAAGAUGAUGAAGAUAGCGAAGAAGAUAGCGAGAAUGUGGAGGACGCGGAAAAGAGGAAACUUGCUCUCGGUGCUGGCGUCGAAAAGAUUUCACGACACAAGUAA